AUGAAUGCUGCAGAGGAGAGAUCACAACAUAAGAAUCGCUCAGUAGCCCUAGGUCGGCUACGUACUUUAUUAGCUCUCAAGGUCAGGAAUACUGUAGAUCUUGAUACAUAUUCACCUCCUCCAGAGCUCCUUCAAAUUCUUCCUGCAAAGUCAACAAUCAGAGGAUCAGAUUGUGGUCCACAGAUUGGGCCCAAUAAUCCAAAAUUUGUUCUGGGAAUGCAAUCUUUGUUAGAUCUAAUCUUUGCAGUUGAUGGUUCUUUAUCUGAUGCAGCACAAAAGUUGGGGUACAUGAUUUCAAGUUCUGAAUUCUUAAUUUCUGUCAUUAGGCCUAUAAAAAAUUUGAAAGCCUUGUACUGA